AGCCUUGGCUCUUUGCUGUUGCAAUGACGAAGCUCUUCGCAGCGUUGAUCCUUUGCUGGGGUGGAGCCGUUGGAGCCCACGGAUGGCCACUGAAAGAUGGGAACAAACCUGCAUCAUUUGAUUGCGAGUGGCGCAAAUUGGCCUAUGCCUACGGCAGGAAGUUGCUUCCACGCAUGGGUACCUUCGAGAGUCUCUACUACGCCUUGGAUUUGAACAGCGACAGUUGUCACAUGGACAUGGAGGCGGUUGCUACACCAGCCAGCGACCCUCAGCCCAGCGACCUGCAGCCACGUGACUGGCGCGACACGGCAGUGUUCGUGGACGUGAAUGGGGAUGACAGCCAGGUGGGUAGCGAGAACCAUCCAGUGCGUUCUCUCCAAGUGGCUUGUGAUCUCGCCAUCACAAGGGGUGCGGAGAUCCCCAUGGUGGUGCUGCGUGGUGGGACGCACUUCUUGAUGAAGACCCUGAUGCUGGGACCUCAACACUCCAAGUUGCUGAUCACCUCCUACCCCAAUGAGCACGCGGAAGUGUCAGGGGGGAAGAAGCUGCAAGUCACCUGGAGACCUUACAACCUCACCGGCGGAGCCAACAUUUGGGUCAGCGACGUGCCGGGACAGGUGCAGGAAGUUGUCGCCCUACAUGUGGAUGGCGUGCGGGCCACCCGAGCGCGAUAUCCUAACAUGCCACAGGGAGUUGAGGUGACCUGCGGAUAUGGAUGCACCAUCGAUGGCAGCAAACAGACCUGGAUCCGACCAGACUUUACAAAGUUCGGCAACUCCAGCAACUACACUGACACAACUCCGCAGCAUUUCAGGAACACCACUGUUUGGGACUGGUUCAAGCGGUACGAGAUCGGUGUAGGUGGUGAAUGCAGCAUCUACGAUCCUCCAGUGUCCUACUGGUGUGCUCAGCAUCCGCAGGGCGGGGGCAGACCUGGGGCGGAAAGACCUGCAGGACUGAUCUACAAAUCACCCAAUGGACCCUAUGAGCACGGAGAGGAUGCGCGCUUCUUUGUGUGGCGCCCCUCUCGCUGGUUCAAUUGGAUCUUUGAUGUGGCGAAGUAUGACCCAGUAGCCAACAACUUCACCUUCGGCCAUGGAGGGCAUCAAGGCGCCCGUGGUUAUCCCCAAGGCACGGCUGUGUUUUUCAGCCGAAAAGUUGAGGAUCUUGAGCUGUUGAGGUGUCGCUUUAAAAAAUUAAAGGACCGGAUAACCCCACAUAUGAAUCUUUACGAAUCUGAAGGUUUUAAAGCACAAAGCAGUCAGAGUCUCAAUAGCUUCUACAACACGGCCUUGUCAGGAAGUGAUAUCAGCUUCCGACAACAGCGGGGUGGGAGAGAAGGUGUAAGAGAGU